AUAAUAUGAUUAUCAGUGCUCGAUAGAAACCGACGAUGGGAAAGUUGUUAUAAGCCUCGCGUUGUUCAAACGCCGCUGUAGAUUGUCUGUUGUUAACGAAAAACGCCGGUCCGGAAAUUCCACAAGUGUAACGUGUCUGAACGUUGGCCUACGCAACGGUAAACGGAAAUAAGACGUCGAAAGCAAAGAAAAUGGCUAGCUUUCUCGUGCCGAUUGCCGUGAAAGACGGUGAUGAGCUGACGCUGAGCGAAGUCGGGGGUUUUGUUGAGCGCCUCAAGGGAGAUGAUGUUAAAGAUAUUAACAUCUGUCUGGUCGGCGUUGUGGGAAAGUUCCGCGAGGGAAAGUCCACUCUGUUGAAUAUCAUGGAUCGUUAUCUUACUCAGCGUGCCGCCGGUAAUGCUUCACCAGAUCCGCGAAAAUACGUCUUCGGGACCGAUAAGUUUGUCACGUCGAAGGAAACCGACGGAUGCACGCAGGGCAUCUGGAUUACCCGCAACCCUUACAUCAUACAGGACAGCAAGGGCCAAAAGUUUGCCAUCUUCUUGCUGGACACGCAGGGUCUGUUCGAUUUUGAAAACAGUACGGCGCUGGAUUCGGCGUUAUUUUUGCUGACCAGUAUGUUCAGCUCAUUUACGAUUUUCAACAUUAUGCGCAUACUGGGCAAGGACCAGCUGGAUAUGUUAGCCGAGUUUUCCAAACUGGCGCAGAAGAUUCGCAGCAACAUCUACAGCGAAAAUGCCCACAUCUUCCAAGAUCUGAUCAUUCUCGUUCGUGACGCUCUUCUGGGUAAAAUGUCUCCUGGUUGGGAAUCCGGAGCUGCUUACCUUGACAAAAGUCUGAACACCACAAAAAAUGCUUACAUUAUGAAAGAAAUCACCAAAGCGUAUCAACAACUGCGCUGUUUCCUCAUGCCGCGAAUUGCCAAUGAUCCUGAUGACCAAGAGUUCAGCAUGACGGAAGAGCAUAUUCUGCCCGAUUUCCUGCAAUACGUUAAUGUGUUUCUUAACGAAAUGUUCGGCGUGAGAAUGUUACGGCCGUUCCAGCAUAAGGACACUGUAUACAACUGCGGAGCAUUUGCCGGUUUUGUUGAGCACAUAACAGAAUUAUUCGUUGGAGGCAAGAUUCCCAAAGCCGAGAACAUGUUGGAGGCAAUGGUUCGCUUUGAACUGCAAGUGGCCGUGGACCUCGCAUUCAAGUAUUACCGAUCGAAUAUGACUAUGGUCACUAGCCAGGGUGUGGACCCGGAAAAGUUGAAGGAGAUGCACGCACUGUACAAGGAAAACUGCAAACUGAUCAACCAGAACGAAGUGGCGAUUUUGGCUCGCGAGCCCAUCAAAGCCAAACCGUUCUUGAAGAAGCUGGAUGAAAGUAUCGACGAGGAGUUUACCGGGAUCGCCGCGGCCAACGACCAGCGUCUGCAGCAGGAAGCGGAGCAUCGUGCCGAGCUGGACAAACGGCAGCACGAAGUAGAGGAAACGCGCGAAGCGGCGCGGCGUCAGCUGGAGGAGCAGAAAGAGUCUAUGCAGAAGAUGGAAGCCGCGAUGAAGGACAUGGCAAACAAAAGUGCGGCUGAACGCAAGGCAGCGCAAGACGCCUUGCAGGCCGCCAAGGACGAGUUCGCGAAAGCAACGAAAGCCAAUAAGGAUACGGAAGCUAAGCAGGCGAAAGAACUGGCCGAUCUGAAAAAGCAGAAAGCGGAAGACGCGGAGAAAGCGAAGCAGCACAGUGCCACACUGACCCAGUUAACCACUGAAGCCGAUACACUGCGCCGCCAGCUGCAGGACGCUGUCAAUACGCUAUCGCACUGGAAGAGUCAAGCGGCGCAGCCGGUUGGCUUUUGGGAAGGUCUCGGGCAGGUGGCCUCCUUCGGCAUAUACGAUCCACGCCGUGAAGCCCGCGAGAAGCAGAAAAGCGCGCAGGCCAAGUAUGAUGAAAUCCAGCAACAACUGGCCAGUGUCACUAAUCGCAUUUCUAACUUGGGCAAAGGGAAUUGAGUGUUCCUCCAAAAGACAGCACUGGAAUUUCGCUCAACGGCAGUUUAUUCAUUAUGGGGCCUAUGGACGACAGUGCUUUGGCUUUCUAAAUCUUUUGCUUUUCGCUACACUUGGCUUAGUUAUUACGUCGUUGUGUACUUGUGGCCAAUGUUUAUAAGAAUCAAAAUCCGUUAACAAGCCGUGAAUAUUUUAAUUAACAAGCUGUAUCGAUGAGUCAUUCAGUUACAAAUAGAGCAUUGCAGCAUGCUACACAGGGAAUGGGAUAUCGAAUGCUCUCCCCCUAACUACAGAUAUACUCGUACUUACGUUAAGUCGAGUGAUCUCUGCGCAAUUACCGCCACGUUACCUUCUGAGUUGCGGCUUUUCUUAUAG